AUGUCGGGAGUUGCUGGAUCUACUCGAGAUUCCAUUAAGUUUUUAAUGGCAAACCAAAACUAUGUUACUGGUGAAGAAACUUGUAAAUUUACAUAUAAAUGGAAAGUUGAAAACUUCAUCAGUCAAUAUACCAGAGGAACAAUUAAAUCACCAACUUUUUCAUCAAAUUAUUCUGAUGUAGAUGAUGAAUGGGUUUUAAAAAUAAAUCCAAACAAAGCAACUGGUUCAGAUGGUGAUUAUGAAUCUGAUUCUCAAAGUUCUAGUUCUGAAUCUGAUGAUUCUAAAUCGGACAAUAACAAUAAAUAUAUAUCGGUGGAGCUACAACUUCAAUCAUUUAAUGUUAAUGCAAUAUUAAUGACAAAAUGUAGAAUAUCAUUUAAUCAUGGAAAUGAGAAAACUAAAGAAUAUGAUUUUGAUCAGUGUCCAGAUGAAAUUAUAUGGAAUCAUUAUAUUUCAAAGGCGAAGUUGUUUAAAUCAUUUAAUAAAUAUAUACGAAAUGAUGAGCUUCGAGUUUAUUGUACAAUUACAAUUACUAAAAAACUAACAAAUAAUGAUGAUGAUGAUAGUUCAACAUUCAAUACAACACCACAACUGAGUGAAGACUGGAAAAAACUUUUGUUAAAUAAAAAAUCAAGUGAUGUUACUAUUCGAGUGGGUAACAAAUCAUUUCGUGCCAUCAAAGGAAUUCUUGGAGUACGUAGUCCUGUUUUUUCUGCAAUGUUUGAUAAUAAACAAUUCAAGGAAGAUAAAAGAAAUGAAGUUGUCAUUGAUGAUAUUGAAGAAGAUGUUGAACGGCUUAAAAAUAUUUGUGAAGAUAUAAUAUGCGAAAAAAUAAAUCUUGAUGAUGUUGCUGGUAUACUUGUUUGUUCUGAUAGAUUUAAUCUUGAAAAAUUAAAUAAAGAAUGUUUAGAAUUUAUGAAAAGAAAUUUACGUGAUGUUAUGGCAAAUAAAACAUUUCAAGUUUACAAAAAAAAAUAUCCUGAAAUUUUUGUAGGUGUUCUUGAAGAGUUGCUUUUGUCAUAA